UGAGAGGUUUGCAAAGCAGAGCAACAAACAAACAAACAAACAAACCAAGCCCCCCAGCCAGGUGCCUGGCACCCGUUGCGAGGUCCUCGCCCAGCCUCUGAGAUGAUGUUCCCCAGCCUCAUAGCUCCUCCGGCUGUGUACCCGAGCCUGCUGCGGCCAACUCCUACCCUCACCUUGCCUCAGUCUCUGCAGUCGGCCUUUUCCGGCCACUCCAGCUUCUUGGUAGAAGACUUGAUCAGGAUCAGCAGGCCCGCCAGCUACCUGCCUCGGAGCGCCCCUGCGCCCAGCCUGUCCCCGCCGGCCUCGGGGGCCAGCGCUGCCCGCACGGACUCGGGCGCGGGCCUCGGCGGCCCCGCCGCCCCUGGCGCUAGGAGGGGCUGUUCGCCGCAGACGUCCGUCUCUCCCAGCAACGAGGCCACUUUCCUGAAGUUUGGGGUCAGAGCCAUCCUCUCCUCCACUCCCAGAACCGAAACCUCCCCUGCCUUGCUCCAGACCGUCCCUCCAAAGACUUUCUCCUUCCCGUACUUUGAAGGAUCCUUCCAGCCUUUUAUCAGAUCUUCUUAUUUCCCAGCUUCCUCUUCAGUGGUGCCCAUCCCCGGCACAUUCUCCUGGCCCAUGGCUGCGAGAGGAAAGCCCCGCCGGGGCAUGCUCCGCAGGGCAGUCUUCUCAGACGUGCAGCGCAAAGCCCUGGAGAAGAUGUUUCAGAAGCAGAAAUACAUCAGCAAGCCAGACAGGAAGAAGCUGGCAGCCAAGCUUGGACUUAAAGACUCACAAGUGAAGAUCUGGUUCCAGAACAGAAGAAUGAAGUGGAGAAACUCCAAAGAGCGAGAGCUCCUCUCCUCUGGGGGCUGCAGGGAACAAACUCUACCCACUAAGUUCAACCCUCAUCCAGACCUCAGCGAUGUGGGCAAGAAAUGUUCAGGAGAGGAGGAGGAAGAAGUGUCCCCUCUGUGCCCAGCCAGCCCCCACCAUGCCCUGACCUACCACCAGUCCCCAGAGCACAUACACUUGAGGGACAGACUGGACUCCCAUAUGUCCCCCUCUCCAUCCCACUCCAGCAGCCCCAGCAAACCUUCAGACUUCUCAGACUCAGAGGAAGAGGAUGAUGAAGGAGAAGAGGAAGAGGAGGAGAUCACAGUUUCUUAGAUGCCCUGCCUACCCCCACCAUGACAGGGGACAUUGCAAAGUUGUAAAUUUAAAAGUGCUAUAAAAUUGAAGAGGUGGUGUCCCUCCUGAACAUCCACGUAGUUCUCCACUGCAGGUUAUUUAUUAAAUAGCUACAAGUCUUCCUUCUCAUAGGCAUUUCCCUGUUUGUCCUACUUGGAAGCUCUUCUAUUCACAGUAUCCCUUAGCCUUUCUAUGUGUAUCUUUGCUUAGCAACCGAACUUGUUUGAUAGGGGCAUUUUCUUGAAGCAAGCCAGAGCAAAAUAAUUAGGACACUUUGAUUUAUAAUGAGGGGGAACUUACAAAAUUCAGUGGAAACUGUGGUUUCUAAAGAAAAUCCUGGUACAUGCCAUGACCCUUUUCAUUAGAUUUCAAAUGAACUGCAAUCUGUUAUGUUACAGAAAUGACUGGGAACUGGUCUGAUCCUGCAACCUUUACUUAUAUAAGUGAGUAAUCUCAAUGAGGUCUGGGGAACCAUUCAUGGAUCAAAUACUGUCCCCCACCCCCUUUACUCACACUGAUUAGCACCAUACUCCAAGAACUCUCCUGCUGAAAUUAACUCAGUGGGACUAUUCUUGGAGUGUGUUGUGCCCAUGUGCCUCAUAUGUAAUGGGGUGCUGUGUGUUGACAUGCUUUUCAUUUAAUUUAUGCAUUAUUAUAUAGUAUACGAAUUACUGUCUAAUCCACUGUUUUGCCCACAGGUCUGUGAUUACAUUUCCACUUGGCUUCUGUUCUAGUUUUUAUGUGGAAAGAGGAAAGUGGCUGCACCUCUUUGAUUUCUGACUGAACUUUGCUGUCCUUGCACAGCUUUAUGAACUGUACACUAUUUUGUACACAUACAUUGUAUGGAUAUUUUAUACCAAGGCUAUUUUGAAUGCAUUUAAAGAUGGAAUGACAACAUUUCUUUCUUCUUUUGUUUUUUUUAAAAAGGUGUUUAAACUAAA